AUGUCCGCAUCAGCAGACGCCACCCCGGCAUCCAAUGUUCUUGGCACUAUCGGCACCGUUUUCUGGUGUAUCCAGCUUGUCCCCCAGAUAUGGUAUAACUGGCGACGGAAGAAAACAGAAGGGCUGCCUCCCGCAAUGGGGUUCUUGUGGGCUAUUUGUGCUGUGCCCAUGGGCGUGUAUCUGAUCCUACAGGAAGUCAAUCUCCCGAUGCAAAUCCAGCCUCAGAUUUUCGGGACUUUUUCGGCCAUUAUCUGGGCCCAGAUUCUACAUUAUGACCAGUGA